ACUUUGUGGACUUGUACAUCGGUUCUGAUUUGUCUGUGUGAUUCUGUUUCUGUUACAGCUGCUGUUAGCUACUCAUGCCAGGAUGUUUGAAGUUUCUGUUACUCAUUAAACAAUAUAAUCUUGAUCAAAGUUCUUCUCCAAGUGCAAUCUUUAUGGGCAUGUUGACCAUGGUCUUAGAGAAGCGAACUAUUCUGUUUGAAUAACAACAUGGGCCCUGGAUGCAGAUUAAAGAAAAUAGCUGUGCUGGUUGGAGUCCUUGUAUUUUUAAAGGUGCAAGCCGUUCCGACACCUAGUGCUGAUACUGCAGAUGCAGGUGAACUGAGAAAUGACAUACCUGAGAUCAACAGAGAGUUGACACAUCUGUUUGAGGGAGACAUUGCUGGUAUUCCCAGCAGAAAUGCGAUCCUUGAUCAAACAAGAAGAUGGAAGUUUCCAAUCCCGUAUAUCCUAACCGAUUCUUUAGACCUGAAUGCUAAAGGUGUGAUUCUCCAGGCUUUUGAAGAGUACCGUUUGAGAUCCUGUGUGGACUUCAAGCCCUAUGAGGGAGAGACCACUUACAUCUCUUUCACGAAGCUCUCUGGAUGCUGGUCCUAUGUUGGAGAUGAUAAAAAAGGCCAGAAUGUGUCCAUCGGGGCUGGAUGUGACACUAAGGCUAUUGUGGAGCACGAGCUCCUCCACGCUCUGGGCUUCUAUCAUGAGCAGUCUCGUUCAGAUCGAGACGACUACAUUAUAAUCUGGUGGGACCAGAUAGAAGAAGGAAAAGAGCACAAUUUCAAUAAGUAUGAGGAUGAUUUCAUCACUGAUCUGAACACACCCUAUGAUUAUGAGUCGAUCAUGCACUACAGACCAUUCUCCUUCAACAAGAACAAUAGCAUCCCCACAAUCACCACCGCCAUACCCUACUUUAAUGAGGUCAUUGGCCAGCGGUUGGACUUGAGUGAAGUAGACAUCACUAGACUCAAUCGCAUGUAUGACUGUGCCAACACACUUACUCUGUUGGACCAGUGUUCCUUUGAACUGAUCAACAUUUGUGGAAUGAUCCAGAAUGAGGAAGACAAUGCAAACUGGGUUCAGACGCUGAGCAGUCCAGUGGAUACAGAUCAUACCCUGGCAGGGCGCUGCAGAGAUUCUGGCUAUUUCAUGAAGUUCGAUACAUCUUUGGGUGAUGCUGGCAAAAGUGCUUUGCUGGAGUCACGUAUCCUUUACCCUAAAAGAGACGAACAGUGCCUGCAGUUCUUCUACAAGAUGACUGGAGGACCUGGGGACAAAUUAGUAAUAUGGAUCAGGACUGAUGAUGGGACAGGGACUGUGCACAGUGUUGAGAAGAUCCACACCAUUAUAGGUGAUGGGGAUGAUACUUGGAAAAUAGCUCAAGUGACUCUCAAGGUUACAAAGAAGUUCCGCUAUUUAUUCCAAGGCAUUAGAGGAUCAUCUGCCUCAUCAGGCUCAAUCUUAAUUGAUGACAUCACUCUCACUGAGACCAUUUGCCCAAGUGCUGUGUGGCAAAUCCACAACUUUACCAGUAUUCUUGCCACCGUUCCUGUUGGCAGUGCGCUGAGAAGCAUAUGCUUCUACAAUCCAGAGGGCUACUCAUUUGGUAUCAGUGUUUACCCAAAUGGAAGACACAGUGACUACCCAGACUAUGUUGGUAUGACCUUACACCUGUGCAGUGGUGAAAAUGAUGCAGUGAUGGAAUGGCCAGCCCAAAACAGACAGGCAACCAUUGUUGUCAUGGACCAGGAACCAGACGUUAAAUUAAGGAUGUCGUCCACAAGAAGCUUCACCACAGACACUCAUGCCCGUUGGAACAAACCAACAGCCACAUCCGGAGCAGUGUGGGAUGACAGCUGUAAAUGCUUCCGCAGUCAAGACUUUGGCUGGAGCACAUUCAUUUCCCACUCGCAUCUGCACAGGAGGAACUUCCUCAAGAACAACGAUCUCAUCGUUACUGCCGACUUCAGUGAUUUGACCCACCUGAUCAAGACUGAGGUGCCUGUUCAACUGGACCCACCAUGCAAUGACAUCACAGAUGAGAAGUCACAGAGAAGAUUAAAAAUGAGACCAGAGGCUCCAAAACACAGAGUGGCACGUGCUGCCAACCCCUGUCUCCCCAACCCCUGUUUUAAUGGAGGAGUGUGUGUGGAAAGUGACGGGAAAUCAUCUUGCAGGUGUGCAACAAGCCAGGCCACAUACUACUCUGGAAAGAUGUGUGAGAAGCUGAAUGUAGAUAGAAGCUUCCUGGCAGCUGUGACUGGUGGCAUAACAGGAACAGUAGUACUGACCCUGGCUAUUGUACUCGUUAUCAGGGGACCACAGUAACUUUCACUUCAGUGGAUGACAUUUUCUCUGCAUUUGUUCAGUAAUGAAAUCAAAACUAUCGUCAGUACUGGAGUGAAAUGUAACUAUUUGUUAAAUGAGGGCUCAUUUGGGAGGGAGAUGGAUUGUGAAUGUUUCCACAUGCAAAGAUUAUUGUAUUACAUAAACUUUUCCAUUUAUUUUUGAAAUCAUAAGGACCUGCUAUUAGGCAUCAGGUUUAGAAACAAUAUAAGGAACAGGACUAAAUUGAGCCACUGCACUCAAAGGUGAUGUCCCAACAUAACGUUAUAAAAACAAUGAUUUGUCUAUUUGUAUGCGGCAAUGAUUUUUUUUAAAAGGAAAAUGUAAGGUUGGAAUUAAAUUUCCCAACAAAAAAGAAUUUAUGUUUUCUAUUUUUAUUUGAACAGAUUUGAGAUACAUACAGUGGCCACACAGGGAAAGUAUACAGGUAUUAGUUCACGCCAAAACAUAAACUUAAAUAUACAGUAAUUAAUCUUAAAUACAACCAUUAAAUAAGUCUGGACUUGUUAAAGCAUUUACUUUGUUCUAUGCACAGUCAGCACUUGCACUCUUGGUCUACUUAAUAUCAAACAUCCAGUUUAGUCAUUUGGAUAUAAAGAUGUACACAGUUAUCUUUAAUUUUACUUGGAAUGGAAGAAAACAAAUGAUUUUUGCAUCUAGUAAGAUAACUGACAAAAUCUACCAACCGUAGCUAAGAAUAAUGGCAAUUAGUGCUAGAAGUACUUUGUGUCAAGUACAAAUGUCAUCAGAACCUUAGCGCUAAUCAUUGACAACAAUGCUCUGUUUAAAGGUAUAGUAUGCUACAGUUGUUGUUUAUUGCUAGCAAACACAAAUAUCAAACUCACUGCCAGAUUCACUUCAGGCAAAGACAGUAUAAAAGAUGUUCAGUGUUACCCGCUGGUUUCUGAAGUCUCAUUUGAAGCUUCACGAUAAUUCUUUAUAAAUAAGAUUUAUUAUUAUUAUUAUUGUUAUUAUUAUUAUUAUCAUCAUGGGAAAUUCUCUUUUCUGGCAAGAAGAAUGCCCUUGAUUUCCAAGAUUUACUUAAAGGUGUAUUCCCUAUGACCAGAAACGAGUCACUGAAACCCUAACCCUCACCAUUCAGGCUGUCAUUUAUAUCAAGGACGUCAUUUAGUAAGGACUGCAAACAAAAGUACAAGACAAGUUUGCGUUGGCGUCACUUUUACACCUGGCAGGUACCUACAUGUUUUACACUGUCUGUCAACACAGCUGAAGUGCAUUCUUUGUCCUGUUUGUUGUUGUUGUCCUGUAUAUGUGUUACAGACAAGAAAUGUCAGUUACAUGGCAAAAUAAGAAAAAAAAAAGGAAGGCAGGGCCUCUGGAGAUAAAGACACUGUCAUACAAUUUUAAUGGGUCAUAAAUAACGACUAGACAGGGGUUUCAUUGCUUUUUAGGAAAUCUACAUAUAACUAUAGAUAAUGAUAUGGUUAUAAACAACAUUUAGUUAAAUCUCCUUAAACAACCGACUGUGAAUGUCAAGGAACUACAUACUAACAUAAUGCAAACUGUAUUCUCCUGUAGAGGGGUAGUUGAACAGGUGACUUGUUAGUUCAGGAUUCACAAUCUGAAAAGCAAAAAAAAUGGAACUUUUAAGACUCAACUUUAAUUCACAAAAGAUCAUUUCUGCUUCCAUGCAGUGAAAAAGUAAUUAAUGCUGACAAUAUGGGUACUAUAAGUGUUUAACACAAGAGCCAUGUGACAAACAGCACAACAUUCAAGUUAAGAUCACAAAACCAGCAGAAAACAAAAGCAUUCAUAUUGUUUCAAUAGGUUCAAUGUGACCAUGGUUUAAUAACUUAUUCUUGAAAGGCUGCUAUUUGCAGUUACCCAGAAAUCAAAAUGUCAAUUUCCACUGCCUAAAAAAGCAAAACCAUGAGAAAUGUGUCUUUUCCACACUGUAGAUAAAGCAAAUAAACAGGGUUCAUAACUUUGACAAUCCAUAAAAUGUUUGUCAUCCAAUGUAAUCAAGGUAAAAUUUAAAUUUCUUUCUUGGCCAAAUUGUUGCAAUUAUUGGUAAUGCCUCAUCCUUAGCUGCACAUAGUUUUAAUGCAACUGUGUAAAUUAGUUAGCACGGUAGCUCAGUAAAUUGUAAUGGUAAACAUGAUAUCUGCUAAACACCAACGUUAUCAUUAUAAGUGUGCUAGUGUGUUGAUGUUACACAACCUAUGCCUUUCCACCCGAGUACAACUGCAGCCCUGCUACUCAGCCUUGUUAUAAAUUACUUUGUAAACACAAAACAACUUGUAUUUGUGUGGUGGUUUACAGCAGCCAUCAACAGUUCAUAGAUGUAACCCUGAAAAUGCAAGUUUAGUUACUGAAGGAUCUCUCAUCAAUCAGGAUUGAUCAGCUCAGUGAGCUACCGAGUUUCAAGAGAGAAAGCUAGCAUUAUUGAAGGAAUACUGUUAAGGACGAUAGACAGAACUGACCUGCAUCUUCAGUGGUCUUUUGUGUAAGUAGUUGAAGUGAAUUUCUUUGUGCUGUCGUUUCCUUUUGAUUUUCCCUGAGGGUAGAGACCAGAAGUAUUACCAACCAUGUUUCUAUCACUUUAUCAGGCAAUUCUGUAUGUAUAUUGUAUUUGUACUUACCGUUAUGAGCUUGAACAGUUCCUCUCUGACCUGAUAGUAACAAUGUAGAUAAAUUGCUUAAUACAUUAGGUACAUGGCAAACACUAAACACUUUCUCCUCACCAUCAAAUAUUUGGGGUUUUUUGAUAAAUAUAUCUAGAGUGAUAUCUGUUCCGCUAAAAUUAUUAAACCUACCUUUUGCUCUGCAAAACACCCUGUGAUCAAAAUAAAAAAACCCUGAAAGAGAGUAAAAAAAACGUAA